CCCGUGAAGACCAAGCCGGCCGAGGAGGGCGAUGCUCCUCCGGCCAAGAGAGCCCCCAUCUUCUAUGGCAGCUUGGAAGAGAAGGAAAGGGAGCGUCUGGCAAAGGGAGAGUCGGGGCUGCUGGGAAAAGAGGGGAUGAAGGCUGCGAUGGAGGCUGGCAACAUCAACAUAAGCAGCGGGGAGGUCUUUGAUCUCGAAGACCACAUGAGCGAGCGGCAGGCGGAAGUGCUGGCUGAGUUUGAGCGCAGGAAGAGAGCCCGGCAGAUCAACGUGUCCACUGACGACUCUGAAGUGAAAGCCUGUUUGCGAGCGCUCGGGGAGCCCAUCACGCUCUUUGGAGAAGGUCCUGCGGAAAGGAGGGAGAGAUUAAGAAAUAUCCUUUCGGUGGUUGGCACAGAUGCAUUAAAAAAGACCAGGAAAGAUGACGACAGGUCUAAAAAAUCCAAAGAAGAGUAUCAGCAAACCUGGUACCACGAAGGACCGCGCAGUCUGAAAACAGCGAGACUGUGGCUUGCGAACUACUCGCUCCCCAGGGCAGCAAAGCGGCUAGAAGAAGCCCGGCUACUGAAAGAGAUUCCAGAGGCAACCAGGACAUCGCAGAGACAGGAGCUACACAAAUCCCUGCGAUCCUUGAAUAACUUCUGCAGUCAGAUUGGAGACGAUCGCCCGCUGUCCUACUGCCACUUCAGCCCCAAUUCCAAACUCCUCGCUACUGCCUGCUGGAGCGGAUUGUGCAAGCUCUGGUCUGUGCCUGACUGCAACCUCGUUCACACCUUACGAGGACAUAACACCAACGUAGGAGCAAUAGUCUUCCAUCCCAAAUCCACUGUCUCCCUAGACAAGAAGGACGUGAACCUGGCCUCGUGUGCGGCUGACGGGUCUGUCAAACUCUGGAGCCUUGAAAGUGAUGAACCGGUGGCAGAUAUUGAAGGACACAGCAUGAGAGUGGCACGUGUGAUGUGGCACCCGUCUGGGAGGUUCCUGGGUACUACCUGCUAUGAUCACUCGUGGCGUUUGUGGGACUUGGAAGCUCAGGAGGAGAUUCUCCAUCAGGAGGGGCACAGCAAGGGCGUCUAUGACAUCGCCUUUCACACCGACGGGUCUCUCGCUGGGACCGGGGGCCUGGAUGCUUUUGGCCGGGUGUGGGACUUGCGCACAGGACGCUGCAUCAUGUUUCUAGAAGGCCACCUGAAGGAGAUCUAUGGGGUUAACUUCUCCCCAAAUGGAUACCACGUUGCAACUGGCAGCGGUGACAAUACUUGCAAGGUGUGGGACCUCCGCCAGAGGAAGUGCAUCUACACCAUUCCUGCCCACCAGAACCUGGUGACCGGAGUGAAAUUUGAACCCAAUCAUGGUAACUUCCUGCUCACGGGCGCGUACGACAACACCGCAAAGAUCUGGACUCACCCCGGCUGGUCCCCGUUGAAAACGCUGGCCGGUCACGAGGGGAAGGUGAUGGGACUGGACAUCUCCCUGGACGGGCAGCUGAUAGCGACCUGCUCCUACGACAGAACCUUCAAGCUGUGGACAGCAGAGUAGCUCAGAGGUGCUGCUGAGGAACUGGGAUGGAGAUGUUAAUGGCUUUCAGCUAAGACUUGCUUUUUUAUAUUAAAGAAAAAAAA